AUGGUAGAUGCCAGUGAGAAUGGAAUGGCCGCCGUCUGCUAUUUGCGGUCCAUUAAAUCCGGAACCAUCAUCUGCUCUAUCGUCGCUGCUAAAUCAAGAGUCGCACCACUAAAGUUCACGUCAAUCCCAAGAAUGGAACUGGCUGCUGCAGUCCUUGGCGCUCGCUUAGCUCGCACCAUCGAAGAGUCACUGUCCAUCCAAAUCUGCAAGAAGAUGUACUGGUCGGAUUCCAGAGACGUCCUAUGCUGGAUCAAUUCUGAUCAUCGCCGCUACAGCCAAUACGUGGGCCAUCGAAUCAGAGAGAUCAUCGACAUUUCGGAACCAGGCCAAUGGAGGUGGGUGCCAAGCAAGCUAAACUGUGCCGAUGAUGCCACUAAGAGGAGCAACUUGCCAGAUAUGUCUUCCAACCAUUGGUGGUUCAAAGGAGCUGACUUCCUCUGGCGAACCGAAGAAGAUUGGCCUCCAAUGCCAACCCUCAGUGGUCCAACUAAAAACGAACUGCGUCCGUCCUUUCUGACUGUUCACACGGCGUCGGAUCCCGCCAUCGAUGUCAAUAACUACUCAAGCUGGCGGAGACUCGUCAAAAUUACCGCACUUAUUCAUCGCUUCGCGACUAACUGUCGCCUGAAACACGCUAAGACGUCAAUCCAGACGGGGCCACUCACAGUAAAUGACCUUCACAACGCCGAGUGUUCGCUAAUACGGAUCGCACAAUUGGAAAUGUAUCUCGAAGAAAUUGCGGUUCUCCUGAAGACCUGUGAUUCGGCUCCAAUCACAAGAACUGUUGCGAAAACAAGUUCGCUCUACCAAUUAACACCAUGGCUGGACGAACACGGGGUCAUGCGCAUGCGCACGCGUAUUGCCGCUUGCCAUUACGCCACUGAAGACGCGAAACAACCGAUUAUAUUACACCGCAACCACCACACCACCACCUUGAUUGUAGCACACUAUCAUCACAAAUAUCACCACCAAAACCACGAAACCGUUAUCAAUGAAAUACGGCAGAAGUACCGUAUCGCUCAUUUACGCGCUUGUUACGAGAAAGUGAGGAAAACUUGCCAGCAGUGCAAGAACCAGCAUGCAAUGCCUAGCCCACCGUACAUGGCGGACCUUCCACCCGCCCGCCUCGCCGCCUUUUCACAACCGUUCACGCAUGUGGGAUUGGACUAUUUUGGGCCGAUUGAGGUCAUCGUCGGGAGGAGAAUUGAAAAGCGAUGGGGAAUGUUAGCUACCUGCCUGACUGUCCGAGCGAUCCACAUCGAGGUUGUGUAUUCGCUAAGCACAAGCUCGUGCAUAAUGGCGAUCCGCAAUUUCAUUGCCCGUCGUGGAACUCCUCUGAAUAUAUACAGCGACCGUGGCACGAAUUUCGUGGGUGCAAAUCGAGAACUGAAGCAGAUUGAAGAUGCUAUUAAUCAACAUGAACUGAUGAAGGAGUUCGCUAGUAGUGGCAUCGAAUGGGUGUUUAAUCCACCAUUGUCUCCGCACAUGGGCGGUUGCUGGGAGCGGCUUAUCCGCACCGUAAAAAGUAACUUAAUGGUAGUUUGCUCCUCGAAAAGGUCAUCCGACGAAGUUCUCCGCAACCUAUUAGCAGAAGUAGAGAACAUCGUGAACUCGCGUCCAUUGACACACGUUCCAAUAGAUGAAGAUUCGGCUCCGGCACUGACACCGAAUCACUUCUUGCUCGGUUCGUCCAACGGUUCAAAACCGCUUACUAUCCUCGACGACAGUAGUGAAAUCCAGACUAUCUGUCAGAUAUCACUCGGCGAACCAAGUGGUUCCGUCGGGUAA